UGACAGUUUACGUACACCUGCAUUCUAAUUCUUGUCGCUUUGGUCUGCUGUGCCCGCGUGGCUCCUUGACCCGCAAGUGAAGAGAAGACACCAACGCGCAGAGCUUGGGGCGAUGUACCAAAGCUUGGCCAUGGCCGCCAACCACGGGCCCCCGCCCGGCGCCUACGAGGCGGGUGGCCCUGGUGCCUUCAUGCACAGCGCGGGCGCCGCGUCCUCGCCUGUCUACGUGCCCACGCCGCGGGUACCCUCCUCCGUGCUUGGCCUGUCGUACCUGCAGGGCGGAGGAGGGGGCGCUGCGUCCGGAGCCGCCUCGGGUGGCAGCUCCGGGGCCGCCCCAUCGGGUGCGGGACCAGGGACCCAGCAAGGCAGCCCGGGCUGGAGCCAGGCUGGAGCCGAGGGAGCCGCCUACACCCCGCCACCCGUGUCCCCGCGCUUCUCCUUCCCGGGCACCACUGGGUCCCUGGCGGCCGCAGCCGCUGCCGCUGCCGCCCGGGAAGCCGCAGCCUACAGCAGUGGCGGCGGGGCCGCCGGCGCGGGCCUGGCUGGCCGAGAGCAGUAUGGGCGCCCUGGCUUCGCGGGCUCCUACUCUAGCCCCUACCCGGCCUACAUGGCCGACGUGGGUGCUUCCUGGGCCGCGGCCGCCGCCUCAGCGGGCCCCUUCGACAGCCCAGUCCUGCACAGCUUGCCCGGACGUGCCAACCCUGCCCGACACCCCAAUCUCGUAGAUAUGUUUGAUGACUUCUCAGAAGGCAGAGAGUGUGUCAAUUGUGGAGCCAUGUCCACCCCGCUCUGGAGGAGAGAUGGAACAGGACACUACCUGUGCAAUGCCUGUGGCCUCUAUCACAAGAUGAACGGCAUCAACCGACCCCUCAUUAAGCCUCAGCGCCGGCUGUCUGCUUCCCGCCGGGUAGGCCUUUCUUGUGCCAACUGCCAGACCACCACCACCACACUGUGGCGUCGCAAUGCUGAGGGCGAGCCUGUGUGCAAUGCCUGUGGCCUCUACAUGAAGCUCCAUGGGGUACCCAGGCCUCUUGCAAUGCGGAAGGAGGGGAUUCAAACCAGGAAACGAAAGCCCAAGAACCUGAACAAAUCUAAGACAUCAGGAGGACCUCCUGGCGAGAGCCUCCCUCCCAACAGCAGUGCCUCCAGUAACUCCAGCAACGCUACCACCAACAGCAGCAGCAGCAGCAGCGAAGAGAUGCGCCCCAUCAAGACAGAGCCUGGGUUGUCAUCUCACUAUGGGCACAGUACCUCCAUAUCCCAGGCAUUCUCUGUCAGUACUGUGUCCGGCCAUGGGCCUUCCAUCCAUCCAGUGCUGUCUGCUCUGAAGCUCUCCCCACAAGGCUAUGCAUCUCCUGUCACUCAGACAUCACAGGCCAGCUCCAAGCAGGACUCUUGGAACAGCCUGGUCCUGGCUGACAGUCAUGGGGACAUAAUUACCGCAUAAUCACACCCUUUCCCUCUUCAAAUUCCUGCUCGGACUUGGGACCUGGGGGCCAGCAAAGUCUGAGGCUGGGGCACCCUGGCCAGCCCCUCUGGGAACGACUCCCGAAGAACAACUGGGUAGAACUUGAAGUUGUUGACAAUCGCUUAGGGAUGUGGGUGCUGGGUUUCUUCAAACACCUUUUCCAGGUGGAGCACUGGAAAGAGCCUGCAUUCUUAGAGACAAGCCCACCUUCACUGCGAACACAGCACAGUGAGACUCUCCAAUGUAGCGGGAGACUUCUUCCUUAUUCUCCACCUGCCUGUCCAGGACAGAGACAUAAUCUCCUUCACCCUAACUCUCCACCCCGGUGGUUCUAGGUAGUGGGUUUUUCUUUAUGCUCCUAAGGUGGCUGUAGGAGGCUGAGCUUCAAGACACCAUCUACAGCCUGAGCAGGGUGUCUACUUGAUGUGGACUGGACGUGGCAGCCCUGCCCUUGUCCAACACUCCCCUUGAAGCAUGGCAUGUCCCUGCAUGCCUCAUACCAGAUCUGACUCCAAAAAUGCUGGGUACAAUGCAGAUGUUACUAAAUGCUCCCUGGGGAGACAGUGGAGAAGGCGCAUCACCUAUCACACAGGAUAUUAAUCAAUCACAACCCAGCAGUGGUG